AUGAGUGGUGGUUUUGAGAAGCUCCAGUGAAACUUGGACACGCCAAGACAACACAGGCACCAAGGAUGGCAGUAAACUGGCUGGGACUGUUGUCCAUAGGAGUGUUUUACGUACUCAUACUGGCAACGGGCAUCUGGGCAUCCAAGAAGUCCAAGCAUGAGGAGAAGAAAUGCUCUGGGAACCGUAGUGAAGUCGCUAUGGUUGGAGGACGGAACUUAAACAUUUGGGUCAGCAUAUUUACUAUGACAGCCACAUGGGUUGGAGGAGGUUAUGUUUUGGGUAAUGCUGAAGUCAUCUAUGAUCCAACAAAAGGACUGGUCUGGGCCACUGCACCUAUUGCCUUCCCGAUAAACAUGAUUUUAGGUGGACUGUUCUUUGUCAAACCCAUUCGGUCAAAGACAUAUGUCACCCUUGCGGACCCAUUUCAAGAGAAAUAUGGCAACGUUUUUGGAGCUAUACUCUUCAUUCCUGCCCUCAUUGGAGACAUCUUGUGGGUAGCAUGCAUUCUUUCUGCGUUGGGUGGGACAGUAAGUGUGAUCAUGGAUCUCUCCUCCGCAAUUGCUGUGACUGUCUCUGCAGUCGUGGCGGUCGUUUACACAUUAUUGGGAGGAUUAUACUCUGUGGCCUACACUGACGUCAUCCAGCUAACUUUCAUCGUACUCGGCUUGUGGGUCUGCGUGCCUUUUAUCCUGACAAGCACCUAUUCUGCUAAUUUCACCGUUGCUGCAGUAACCAAACUGCACCAGGAGCCAUGGAUCGGCAAACUGGAACUAAAAGAUGUAGGACGCUGGGUAGACGAGUUACUGCUGCUGGGAAUUGGAGGACUCUGCUACCAAGCGUUCUACCAGAGGGUCCUGUCCACAGCCACUGAUGCUCAAGCUAAGCUCACUUGUUACGUUGGAGGUGUAUUAUGUCUAACCCUUGCCAUCCCAUCACUCGUCAUUGGGGCAGUGGCGGCAUCUACCAAUUGGAACGAGACCACCUUUGGUUCACCCAGCCCGUACGAACAGGGGAAAGCUGGUAUGAUCUUGCCAAUUGCCCUUCAUUAUCUUUGCCCUUUCUUCGUGUCACUGAUCGGUAUUGGAGCACUCGCUGCUGCUGUAAUGUCCUCAGCCGACUCUGCACUCCUGUCUGCCUCCUCCCAACUGGCCCGAAAUGUCUUCAAGAAUAUCAUUUGGAAGGACGCAUCAGAGAAAGCUAUUCUUGUGGUGGUUAAGUUGUCAGUCGUCCUGUGUGGAGUGAUAGGAGCAGGCCUGGCCAUGUUAACGUCGUCCGUUCACCUGCUCAUGAUAGUCAGUGGAGAUGUCUUGUAUUCGAUGCUGACUCCCCAGGUGAUGUGCACCUUUUUCUUGCCCCAGUUGGUCAACCUGUACGGGGCCUGUACUGGCUUUGUGUUAGGGAUUCUGCUGAGACUUCUGGUUGGGCAACCUGAAAUAGGCCUCCCUGACGUUCUGCCCCUGCCGUGGGACGAGAUGCAGGAGGACGGUUCCAGGCACCGCUUGUUCCCUUUUCGCACCGCUAUUAUGCUCCUCACCACCGCAACCAUUAUACUAGUGUCACAGCUGGGUGAGUGGAUAUCUAAGAAGAGGCUGCUGAGAAGUACAAGUGAUGCUGAUAUGAAGAGGGACACGCAUUACAUGGAACCAAUCCAGAGACAUGCGGAAGAGAGUGAAAAACUGAAUGAGGAAUAAUAAUGGAAGCAACAGAUGUUAUAUUUGGUUUUUACUGUAGGAUUUGGUGAUAUGGGGAAAAUGUGCUCCUACAAUAAUUUAUUAGGGGUUCACUAAUGUGUCUAAGGGUGUGUUCACACUUCAGUUCUCUUGGUCCUGACUGAAUUAAGUGUGAACACAUCCUGAAAUUGAGUUGUGUGGUUGAGAUGAGGAUUUUACUUUGAUACUUUAAGGGCAUAGCUCAGCAUGCUUGCUACUACUUGCUUUGGCUCCAUUUUUGAGGAGCUGUGGUGACCCAUCUUUAUACAGUCUGUGGUUUGCCGAGACUAGAUGAGAGGCAGAGGUGUCUUCACUUUAAUGCAGCAACAUUUUAAUCUUUCAAGCGUUUUUGGUCAUCGUAGACAUCUGUCAAAUUAUAUCUGCGUGGAAACAUUAGAAAUAAUGUUUACUCAGGUUAACUUACCUUCUUUUGAAUAAAAAAUCAUGACAAAG